UUCUCUUCUGAUUUUCAGAUGUGGAACGCUUAGCUGGCAAGGUGAAGGGUAUUUUUGGCAUUAAAAUACACAUAAGCUGAAAGGGCAUGAUUCUCCAAAUAUUUUCUAAUUACAUUAUUAAUUUUAAAAUACGUAAAAUUGGGUUAUCAAAAUCAUAUAUUUUCCACAUCACCCACCCAAAACCUGGGCCCAUGGACUGCACUUGGUUCCUCCGCUUCAGAUACCUCUUCUUUUAGGGUUUUGAACAUUUCCUGAUUUCUCUUUCUACAGACACUUCCCUCCUGAUUUCUCUUGAAAAUGUGGAGAUCCUCGACGCCAUUAACGUCUCUCCAACUCCGCAGGCUUCUUCUUCGCUGCUUCUCAUCAUCAUCAUCAUCAUCAUCAUCUUCUUCUUCUUCUUCUUCUUCUUCUUUAGUACAGUCUUAUUGCCUUAGCCCAACUCUCUCCCUAGAUCCCUACUGUCUCUGUUCCUCACAACGCCACUUUGUCUCUCCUUCGUUUCCUCUCUCUAGGCGCUUCUCAUCCCAACCAAACAACAGUGCCGAUGAUGAUCACUCCCAAAUCGCUCAAUCUCUCUCUUCUGAACUCCUUAAGGAUCCGGAUUCAGAGCCUGUUCCCAUUAUCCAAAGGCUCCAGCUCAGCUUUUCUCACAUUACUCCCUCUCCUCCCCUUAUCCUCCAAACACUUAAUACUUCCCCUGAUGCUGGCCGUACAGUUUUAGGGUUUUACAAAUGGCUCUCCUCGAACCCAAAAUUUGUUCAUUCUGAUGAAACCAUCUCCUUCUUUGUCGAUUAUUUCGGUCGCCGGAAAGAUUUCAAGGCCAUCCACGAGGUACUAAUGGAUGGUCGCAACUUCGCCGGUGCUAAAACCCUAGAGUCGGCAAUCGACCGGCUUGUCCGGGCGGGCCGGGCCACGCAGGUGGUUUCCUUCUUUGAUCGAAUGGAGGUGGAUUAUGGAUUCCGGAGAGACCGAGAAUCGCUGACAAUGGUUGUUUCGAAGCUUUGCGAACAUGGAUUUGCCAGUCAUGCGGAGAAAGUGGUGAAAAAUGUGGCCAAUGAGAUUUUUCCUAAUGAAACGAUCUGUGAUUUGCUUAUUAAGGGGUGGUGUGUUGAUGGGAAGCUUGAUGAAGCUAGGAGGUUGGCAGAGGAGAUGUUUAGAGGAGGGUUUGAAAUUGGUACAAUGGCCUAUAAUUCGAUUCUGGAUUGUAUCUGUAAGCUUUGUAGGAAAAAGGAUCCAUUUCGUCUUGAAUCCGAGGCAGAGAAGAUUUUGGUGGACAUGGAUGUUGCUGGGGUUCCACGCAACGUGGAAACUUUUAAUGUUUUGAUUACUAAUUUAUGUAAGAUUAGGAAGACUGAGGAUGCAAUGAAGUUGUUUUAUAGAAUGGGUGAAUGGGGAUGUUACCCUAAUGAAACCACAUUUCUUGUUUUGACAAGGAGUUUAUAUCAGGCAGCAAGGGUAGGAGAGGGUGAUGAGAUGAUUGAUAGGAUGAAAUCUGCUGGGUUCGGGAAUGCACUUGAUAAGAAGGCAUAUUAUGAGUUUAUAAAAAUUUUAUGUGGGAUUGAGAGGAUCGAUCAUGCUAUGAGUCUUUUUUCAAAGAUGAAGGAGGACGGAUGCAAACCCGGGAUCAAGACAUAUGAUUUAUUGAUGGGGAAGUUGUGUGCUCAUGGUCGCCUUGAUAAAGCAAAUGCACUCUUCAGUGAAGCAGUGAAUAGAGGGGUACCUGUGGAAUCCAAGGCUUAUAAGUUGGAUCCAAGAUUUGUGAAGAAACCCACAGUGGCAAAGAAGGAGAAAAAACGAGAAACAUUGCCUGAGAAAAUGGCCCGGAAGAGGAGGCGCCUUAGAAAAAUCAGACUCAGUUUUGUGAAGAAGCCUAAACGAAUGCGGCGAGCAUUUUGAUCUCAUUAAAAUUUUGCUUGGGCUAUGUUGGAAGUUUCAAAGGGUAUGAAUUUAUCAUUGUGAUCAUUUAUUUUUUAUGCUUGUUGUUCUGAUGCUACUGUUGGCAACACCUGAAAUAAAACAGUGCUUAAAGUA